UAGUUGCUAUGAAUUUUUCCUCACAAGGGAUGGGCUUGUUUAUUCACUCCGGGCACCGUUGGAAGAGCGCUAGUGUAAACAGCCCUGGGAACCCGGUGGGCCGGGGAAGUGGGCGCCCUCAGGCGCGCCCAUUUCAGAUUGCUAAACUCGAGUCAGGGGAUAAAAUUCGAGAGGAGGUGACAAGCCACACCCCGCAGUGCCUGCGAAUUUGCCCAGGAGCCGACCUUCCCACGAGCAGACGCUGCCGAGAUGCCAGGCCCGCCGCUCCUGACCGCUGCCCACCUUCUCUGCGUGUGCACGGCCGCGCUGGCCGCGGGCCCCGGGCCUCGUUUUCUGGUGACAGCCCCAGGGAUCAUCAGGCCUGGAGGAAAUAUGACUGUUGGGGUGGAGCUUCUGGAACAUAGCCCCUCACAGGUCACUGUCAAGGCGGAGGUGUUCAAGACCAUGUCAAACCUAACUGUCUCUGUUCUGGAAGCAGAAGGAAUCUUUGAAAAAGGUUCUUUCAGGACACUUACUCUUCCAGCACUACCUUUGAACAGUGCAGAGGAGAUUUAUGAGCUACGUGUAACUGGACAUGCCCAGAAUGAGAUUUUAUUCUCUGAUAGUACGCGCUUAUCAUUUGAGACCAAGAGAAUAUCUGUCUUUAUUCAAACAGACAAGAUGCUCUAUAAGCCAAAGCAAGAAGUGAAGUUUCGGGUUGUUACACUCUUCUCGGAUUUCAAGCCUUAUAAAACCUCUUUGAACAUUCUAAUUAAGGACCCCAAAUCCAAUUUGAUCCAACAGUGGUUGUCACAACAAAGUGAGCUUGGAGUCAUUUCCAAAACUUUUCAAGUAUCUUCACAUCCAAUACUUGGUGACUGGUCCAUUCAAGUUCAAGUGAAUGACCAGACAUAUUAUCAAUCAUUUCAAGUCUCAGAAUAUGUGUUACCAAAAUUUGAAGUUGCUUUGCAGACACCAUUAUAUUGUUCUUUGACGUCUAAGAAUUUAAAUGGUACCAUCACCGCAAAGUAUACAUAUGGGAAGCCAGUGAAAGGAGAUGUAGUGCUUACAUUUUUACCUCUAUCUUUUUGGGGAGAAAAGAAAAAUAUUACAAAAAAAUUUAAGAUAAAUGGAUCUGCAAACUUCUCUUUUAAUGAUGAAGAGAUGAAAAAGGUGAUGGACUUUUCAGAUGGGCAUUCUGAACACUCGGAUCUCUCUACUCCUGGGCCAAUAGAAAUUCUAGCCACAGUGACAGAAUCACUUACAGGCAUCUCAAGAAAUGCAAGCUCCAAUGUGUUUUUCAAGCAACAUGAUUACAUCAUUGAAUUUUUUGAUUAUGCUACUGUCUUGAAGCCAACUCUGAACUUCACAGCCACUGUGAAGGUAAGCCGUUCUGAUGGCAACCAACUGACUCUUGAAGAAAGAAGAAAUAAUGUAGUCAUAACAGUGACACAGAGAAACAAAACCGAUUUCUGGAGCAGACAGAACCGUGGCAAUCAGGACAUGGACACUGUCCAGAUCGUGAAUUAUACGGUCCCCCCAAAUGGAAUCUUUAAGAUUGAAUUCCCAAUCCUGGACAACUCCAGUGAGCUACAGCUGAAGGCUUAUUUUCUUGCUAGUGUAAGUAGCAUGGCAGUUCAUGGCAUGUUUACAUCUCCCAGUAAGACAUACAUCCAGCUAAAAGCAAGAGAUGAAAAUAUAAAGGUGGGAUCACCUUUUGAAUUGGUGGUCAAUGGCAACAAGCAAUUGAAGGAAUUUAGCUAUAUGGUAAUAUCCAAGGGACAGUUGGUGGCUGUAGGCAAACAAAAUACAACAACCUUCUCUUUAAUACCAGAAAGUUCUUGGGCACCAAAGGCUUGUAUAAUUGUGUAUUAUGUUGAAGAUGAUGGAGAAAUUAUAAAUGAUGUCUUAAAAAUUCCUGUUCAGCUUAUUUUUAAAAAUAAGAUAAAGCUGUUUUGGAGCAAAGCUCAUGCUGAACCUUCUGAGAAAGUCUCUCUCAGGGUCUCUGUAACACAGCCGGACUCAGUAGUUGGGAUUGUAGCUGUUGACAAAAGUGUGAAUCUGAUGAAUGCCUCAAAUGAUAUUACAAUGGAAAAUGUGGUCCAUGACUUGGAACUUUAUAACACAGGAUAUUAUUUAGGCAUGUUUAUGAAUUCUUUUGCUGUCUUUAAGGAAUGUGGUCUCUGGGUAUUGACGGAUGCAAACCUUGUGAAGGAUUAUGUUGAUAUUGUUUAUGAUACUGCGGAGUAUGCUGAGAUGUUUGUGGAGGAAACUCAGGGGUAUCCAGUAGAUAUUAAUGAUUUUUCUUCAUUUAGCAACCCACGUGUAAGAAAGCAUUUUCCAGAGACUUGGAUUUGGCUAGACACUGAUAUGGGAUCCAAGAUUCACCAGGAAUUUGAAGUUACAGUACCUGACUCUAUCACUUCUUGGGUGGCUACUGCUUUUGUGAUCUCCGAAGACUUAGGUCUUGGAUUAACGACUGCCCCAGUGGAGCUACAAGCCUUCCAACCAUUUUUCAUUUUUUUGAAUCUUCCCUACUCUGUUAUCAGAGGUGAAGAAUUUGCUUUGGAAGUAACCAUAUUCAAUUAUUUGAAAGAGGCCACUGAGGUUAAGGUAAUCAUUAAGAAAAGUGAUGGAUAUGAUAUUCUAUUGACUUCGAAUGAAAUCAAUGCCACAGGACACCAACAGACCAUUCUGGUUCCCAGUGAGGAUGGGGCAACUGUAGUUUUUCCUGUCAGGCCAACACAUCUGGGAGAAAUUCCUAUCACAGUUAUGGCUAUUUCACCCACUGCUUCUGAUGCUAUCACCCAGAGGAUUUUAGUAAAGGCUGAAGGAAUAGAAAAAUCAUAUUCACAGUCCAUCCUACUAGACUUGACUGACAACAAACUGCAAACCACCAUGAAAUCUUUCAGUUUCUCAUUUCCUCCUCAUACAGUCAGUGGCAGUGAAAGAAUUCAGAUCACUGCAGUUGGAGAUGUUCUCGGGCCUUCCAUCAAUGGCUUAGCCUCGCUGAUUCGGAUGCCUUAUGGCUGCGGUGAACAGAACAUGAUCAAUUUCGCUCCAAAUAUCUACAUUUUGGAUUAUCUGACAAAGAAGAAACAACUGACAGAUAAUAUAAAAGAAAAAUCACUUUCAUUUAUGAGGCAAGGUUACCAGAGGGAACUUCUGUACCAGAGGGAUGAUGGCUCCUUCAGUGCUUUUGGGAAUAACGACCCUUCUGGGAGCACUUGGUUGUCAGCUUUUGUUUUAAGAUGUUUCCUUGAAGCUGAUCCUUACAUAGAUAUUGAUCCGAAUGUGUUACACAGAACAUAUACUUGGCUCAAAGGACAUCAGAAAUCCAAUGGUGAAUUUUGGGAGCCAGGAAGAGUGAUCCAUAGUGAACUUCAAGGUAGCAAUAAAAGUCCAGUAACACUUACAGCUUAUAUUGUGACUUCUCUCCUGGGAUACAAGAAGUAUCAGCCUAAUAUUGAUGUUCAAGACUCUGUCACAUUUUUGGAGUCUGAAUUCAGUAGAGGAAUUUCAGACAAUUACACUCUAGCUCUUAUAACUUAUGCGUUGUCAUCAGUGAAAAGUCCUAAAGCAAAGGAAGCUUUGAAUUUGCUGACUGAGCAUGCAGAACAAGAAGGAGGCAUGCAAUUCUGGGUGUCAUCAGUAUCCACGCUUUCUGAGUCCUGGCAACCACGCUCUCUGGAUAUUGAAGUUGCAGCUUAUGCACUACUUUCACACUUUCUGCAGUUUCAGAUUUCCGAGGGAAUCCCAAUUAUGAGGUGGCUAAGCAGGCAGAGAAAUAGCUUGGGAGGCUUUGCAUCUACCCAGGAUACUAUUGUGGCCUUAAAGGCCCUGUCUGAAUUUGCAGCUCUAAUGAAUACAGAAAGGACAAAUGUCCAAGUGACUGUGCUGCAGCCUAGCUCACCGAGUCCUGUAAAGUUUCUGAUCGAUACACAGAACCGCUUUCUCCUUCAGACAGCAGAGAUUGCUGUGGAACAGCCAACUACAGUUAAUAUUUCUGCAAGUGGUUUUGGAUUUGCUAUUUGUCAGUUCAAUGUUAUUUAUAAUGUGAAAAAUUCAGGGUCUUUUAGAAGAAAAAAGUCUAUCCAAAAUCAAGAAGGCUUUGAUUUAGAUGUUGAAGUAAAAGAUAAUAAAGAUGAUAUCAAUCAUGUGAAUUUGAAUGUGUGUACAAGGUUUUUGGGCCCAGAUAGGAGUGGCAUGGCCCUUAUGGAAGUUAACCUUCUUAGUGGCUUUACUGUGCCUUCAGAUGCAAUUCCUUUAAGUGAGACAGUGAAGAAGGUGGAACAUGAUCAUGGAAAGCUCAACCUCUAUUUAGAUUCUGUAAAUGAAACCCAAUUUUGUAUUGAUAUUCCUGCUGUGAGAAACUUUAAGGUUUCAAAUACCCAAGAUGCUUCUGUAUCCAUAGUGGAUUACUAUGAACCAAGGAGACAGGCGGUGAGAAGUUACAACUCCAGAGUGAAGCUGUCCUCUUGUGACCUUUGUGGAGACGUCCAGGGCUGCCAUCCUUGUGAGGAUGGAGCUUUAGGCUCCCUUCACCACUCUUCAAUCCUUGUUAUUUCCUGUGUCAUGCUUCUGUUCUCUCUGCAAUGUUGGUUGUAACUUAUUUUUAAAGGACUCCAUGUAAAAUGAACAUUUCCAAAAGUCAUAUGUGAUUUUUUUCAUAAUCCAAUAUUGCCUCUGACAUAUUUGAAAAACAUUUUUUUUUCCACCUUCUGUGGAACUUGGGAGAUGGUCAUCAGGUCUUAGUAUGUAGACUUGCAAAGAUUUCUUCACCUGACCUUGGUGGGGAAGGUCAAAAUGAUUGCAGUUGUGUAUCUUUUUUUCUCCCUCUUGAAAUCUUUUAGGAUUGUUUUGAGAAGUGUUUGUUUUCUCCACAAUAGAAGCGUUAUUUUAGAUUAUCAUUAUUAACCUAGGUUCUUCAGCAUUAUCACAUUAAGAGUUUGCUUUAGUAUUCAAGAUGGGUUUCCCUGGGAAACUGCAGGAAGAGCUUAUUCUCUGUCCUUCCUACCCUAACCUUAUUGCCCAUCUCAUGCCCCAUGGUCUCAGUACAUUUUUUUUUUAAGUGGACACUACUUUCUUUUUAGAAUGUAGGUAGUGAAUUUUUAAGAGUUAAAUGAUCUUUUCCCACUCCAAAACUUUUUACCUGUGCUCUCCUUUUUGUCUAGAGAGAAUGAGAAAGGUUAAGCUCAGGGGUGAGGAACAUACUGAAAACUGUUCUUAAGGGUGCUGCUGCUGAGCUCUGCCCUCAGGCCUCAGCCCCACACCUUGGCUGUGACAGGACAGAGUUCAUUACUGCAGUGUGUGCCUUAGGUGACUCAGACCAGAGUAUCUUAGGACAGGAGAUGAUCUGAGCCAGGGCACAGCUACUCUGCACAUCAGCCACAGCAGACUGACCUACCUCACUGUGGUCUGGGGAAGGGUCAGGGUUUGUGGGGACCACAGAGUCUUGACAUGACUGUUGAUCUGAAGUUCCAUAAUGUUGGCCAGGGAGCCUUAAAAACUUUUUCAGGCUCAGAGGUCUAAGCAUCAGACUUCCAGCUGUCAAGUGACAUUUGAUACUUGCUGUGGAUCUUUAAGAAUAUUCCUGAAUUCUGAGCACCUAGUUCAUUGGUUACCCUGUUUUCUGAGGGUUGCAUUUCUUUUUUCUGGGUGAGAAUUUUAAAGAAAAAUCCUUUUCCUGUUUCUUCCCUCCUUUUCCUUUCUCUCUUCUUUCUUUUCUUCCUUUCAAAUAUAUUGAAAUAUUUUAGACAUAUAAAAAAAUUAGGCAUUUUAAAAAGUAAAUCUGAGAAGUGGUUUAAUUUUUCUCCUGACUCCAUGGCUUUUUUCUUGAGUGCUGUGAAAUUCUUGUCAUGGGCUCCAGAGUGUGCUUUAUAAUAUUUUCAGCUAUUUAAAAAUAAAUUUAUCAAAAUCAAAGUAUGCAAAGAUAUGUUUUAAAGUUAAUUUUAAAAGAAUGCUUAUAUUUAAAGAAAUUAUAUUGGAGUGGAUGUGUGUAUAUUACUCAUGGAUAUUUUGGAUAUCAUUAUUUUAGUGCUUGCAUCCUAUUUGUAGAAAGUAGACCUUCAGAGAGUAGUAGUAAAUAUUAAAUAUCUAAUUUUCUUGACUUUCUUUUCAAGUGGAAAAUUUUUAAAAUCUGUUCUACAGUCUGUUCUGAAAGUGGUACUUUUAAUAUUUGAGCCUCCAUGUGAUGAUAUCUGGCCUUUAUACCCUGGGACUUUUUCUUAGGAUGAAGUUAGGGAAGGGUGCUGGCAAAGGAAGUCCACCUCUCCUGCUCUUCCCAGGAACCUUGGACUAUCCAAGGUUACAUUCAGCAGUAAAUAAUUUACAUUGAACUUCUAGUGUCAUAUAGUAGGAAUGGAAAGGCCACUGAAAGACAGGUUCAUUUAAAAACUAGAACUCAGAUACUUUUUAUGUGAAGUACUUCAGAUUUUCAGGUUAAAAGUUACCUUGUAACUCAUCUCAUUUUAUAUAAAUAUAUUAAAAGUGAGGAGGAGAAAGAGGAGGAGAAAGGAUGAGUUAGAACAGCCUCAAAGCGUGUGGGCUGUGGAGGUGUCCUGGCCUCUUCUACUACAGGCAACGGAGCUGGAUCUUCAGUGUUUCAAGGCUGCAGACAUAAGGAGAGAGGGUGUGAACAUAGUCAUGGUAAUUAACCAAUAGCCCAGGCUAUUUUCUUCACAUGUUGUGAGUAGUAAUAUAAAAAAAAAAUACUCAUUUUACCUUUAAGUUUGCUUGUGCCAAAGCUCGUCAAUUGAGAAUACUGUCAGUUUCGCUUACUCAUAUGAACUAAUCUCAUCUUUUCCACUGCCUGGGAAUCUUAUUAAGAAUAUCUCACUUGUUAAGAAUAUCUCACUUGCAUUUUUUUCUGGCCAGUGGUUGCACAGACUGAAUGUUGGGAAUAACCAAUAGCCAAAAAGUCCUAGGAUACGACCACCAUCUUACUGCCUUUAGUUACUGUUCCAAAAAAGAAAUGAAAGCCCAUUACAGUAUGCUCAAUCAUUAAAAGGCUUCCUCUUUUUAUGUUGUCUGCUGCACCAUGCUUUUCAAAAUAUUCUAAAAGAAAUAUCUUGGGCUUAGUAUUUCAGUUAUGUUAUAAUAUGGGGAGCAGUUUGCUUAUAUAGAAAGCAGGUAUAAAGCAGGUAUACAGUUUGUUCUUAUCUAUGCAACGUCAUGUCCUAAACAUAGGAUUUUUCAGAAUUGAAGGCACAACUUUCCCUGUGUCAGUUCUGUUGAAUCUGAGUAUAGUUUUUUUUUGUGGACUGAUGAUAUGGAAAUAAAAAACAUAUUUAGUCUUUAUUUCUGCUUUUGCUAAAUAUGGUUAUAAAUAGAUUGGCAAUAUAAUGUCAAUUAACUUUGUUUUGACUUAAUUCAGCUAUGUAAUUUGACAUUUUUAGGUGUCCCAUGACAUUAAAAAAUUGGAACUAUGAUUUUUCUCUAUUUUUUUUUAAUUUUUAUUUUUUAAAGAGAGAUCUUAUUAGACUGCUCACAUAAUCUGGAGUUCCCUUAUAACAACCUAACUUUUUGUAAUUUGCUUUAUCGAACUAUUGAAUACUCAUUUCUAUAAAAAUAUGUUGUAAAUACCUCUUUGGCAAGAUUUCUCAGCACCAGGUUAGCAAUUGUUUUGAGUCUGCCAAGUGACUCCCAUGGGUCAAGUUACUGUUGAUGGGUGCAUAAUUUCUUUCACGUUGUAAAUUUAAGACAAGUGGACUCACUCUUGAGUAAACCACCAGAACCUUUUACAUUCUCGGAAGACGGCUCUGUUCAGCAGAAGAGUAUAUUUAACAUUUCCCCAUAUUUUCACUCUUUAGUAAGGCUUAGCAGUUUUACAAACUUAACAUUUUCUUGUUGCCUCUUCAGAUAUUUAUGUUAAUAUUAAGCAUCUUAAAUCACAUUGGGAGGAAUUUGAAGUUCAGUUAUAUUUUUUUUAUCAUUACUUUGAGUCAGGGACCAUUAUUCUUCUUUCUUCAAGAAACUAAACAGCAAAGGUCAUUUUUAAAUUAAGUAUAUACCAGUAAGAAUUGGCUUUCAUUAAAACUGUUUCUAGGCAGUGAGGUCUGUUUAUAUGUGCCUCAUCAAAACCCAGUGUCAUGUUGCAUCAUUCCUUAAAUAUAUUGUCAUUUUCAUUCCAAUUAUAACACAGGAAAAUACACAUUUCUCAGAUGAUUUCCAAGUUUCUCAUGUCAGAGGACACUUAUAUUGGUAUGUGUGUGUCUCUAUUAUGGGAAUUAUAUUGGCACAUGUGUUGCUAUGUUUAAGAAUCUUUCUAUGUCAUAUUGUCAUGAGGUCAACACUUACCAUCUUCUGCCCAGGGUAUUGAAUUGGUGGUAGAGGGUAGUUCCAUGCUCCAUUGGGAGAUUUUUAGGAUUUAUCUUUGAUAACGUCAGUAGGAUGUGGCUUGAUUUUAGUCCUUCAAGCCUUUGUGUUUUGGACUUUUGGUAGGGUGCAGUUGAUAUGGUGAAGUAGAUCCUUUUGUACAAAGGAAGCUAUAUAAAGUUUCAUUUGUAAAUCCCUCACUUUGAGAAGCUGUUUUACAUAUGAGAAGAGUACUGUUGCAAUAAAACAUUAUUUUUCCAGGAAGUAAAGCUUUAUAUAUUGAUCAAGGUGAUUAAAAAAGUUUUUAUUUUAAAUGUUGGAAUGCUGUGUUAUUGUUACUUGCACCCUUUUAUGUAUACUUAAUAGGAAAUCAUGAUUUAUCAAUAAAAAUCAAAAUUACCACCUA